GGUAUGUGUCAGUGAAGAUCCGGCGUCGAGGAUUUUUCAACAGUGUGCGAAGAUCAACCCCAAAAUAACUUAUUUUUUUCUACUCGAGUAACGGACAUUUGCUUACUGCUUUUUGGCUCCAGAUUGUUCAAGAAGGAAAAGCUCAAUUGCAGCCACCACAAUCCCGCCCAUUAUGCAAUUUUUUCAGCCAAUAAUGCUAAAGUCAUGACAGUUUACGUUCUCUUAAACUGUUUAAAAAGCUGAAAAUUGUUGCUGUCAAGCACAGUAUAUUAAUAGCAACCCGAGACGCAGAGGAGAGGUAUUAAUAUAAGCAGUUAUGGCUGUGGGCCCAGUGGACCCCAGAGAGGUGCUAAAAGGAGUUGAAGUUCUUUUGGGGAAGGAUGGAGAGCUACGAAGCCUUGAGGGAGUUGCUAAAGUCUUCAGUCUCAUGAAGGCUUCUCCUAAAAUGGUCAGCAGAUGCAUGUAUCUAAACAUUUUACUGCAGACAAAAUCUCACGAUAUACUAAAUCGAUUUAUCAGAGUUGGGGGCUACAAGUUGUUGAACUCUUGGCUCACCUACUCAAAGACCACCACCAACACACCCCUACUGCAGCUCAUACUGCUCACCCUCCAGAAACUUCCCCUGACUGUAGACCACCUGAAACAGAAUAACACAGCCAAGCUGGUGAAACAACUGAGCAAGAGUGGUGAGACAGAAGAGUUGAGGAAACUUGCGUCAGUGCUGGUGGAUGGGUGGAUGGCAAUUAUCCGCUCUCAGAGUGUCUCAAGUGGAGCUUCACCCAAUGACAAGAAGCGGAAAAAGGAGGAGGGAAAAGUGCGUCCAGAAGUGAAGCCGCGAGAAAAGGGAGCAGAUGAGGAGAAGAAGAAAGACAAACCAAAAGCUUAUGCUCCAAGUCAUGCGAAGAUCCGCUCCAUAGGUUUGGAGGUGGAGAACCCAGCUCCAGUUCCGGUAAAGAAGACCCCCACUGCACCCCUACUCGGAGAAAAAUACAACAUCAAACCAGCUGUGCUUAAAAGACCAAGUACCACACCAUCUGACAUACCACCAAUAGAGAAGAAGUACAAGCCCCUUAACACCACCCCCAACUCUGCUAAAGAGAUCAAAGUCAAACUUAUACCUGCACAGCCAAUGGAAGCCACUGGAUUUUUGGAUGCCCUCAAUUCUGCGCCAGUGCCUGGCAUCAAGAUCAAGAAAAAGAAGCCUAAAGCUGUCUCUCCCACCUCUAAUAAGCCUUGUCCAUUUGAGAGCAAGCUGCAAUCGUACUCUGGCUCACAGGCCAAACCCUCUUCCCCCGAGGCUCCUUCAUCUCAGACCCCUCCUCAUGAGAGUCAAGAGCUGGAGCAGCCCGGCACACCUGUGCCCAAUGAGGACCCUGAAGCCAUGGACACCAGUGAAAAACCCAACUCUCUUUCUGAACCACGUGCAGAGGAGGAGAGUCUGACUAAGAAAGGGAAGAAAAAGAAAAGUGUUCGGUGGGCAGAAGAAGAUGAUCUCAAAAAGUACUUCUAUUUUGACCUGGAUGAGACUGAGAGGGUGAAUGUCAAUAAGAUUAAGGACUUUGGUGAGGCGGCCAAACGGGAGCUGAUGAUGGACAGGCAGACAUUUGAGAUGGCCCGACGUCUUUCUCACGACACUAUGGAGGAAAGGGUGCCCUGGACUCCACCGCGACCUCUGACCCUGUUAGGCGGCUUGGCCAUUCCAGGGGCAAGCAGCAGAGAGAAGAUGAUCCAGAGAGACAGAGAGAUGGGCAUUCUGCAGGAGAUCUUCCUCAGCAAGGAGAGUGUUCCAGAUAGCCCUCAUGAGCCUGACCCUGAACCAUAUGAGCCCAUGCCUCCCUGUCUCAUCCCAUUGGACGAGGACUGCACUAUGAUGGAAGAGAAUUACAUCGAGCCUGCUGACAACGCUACCUCUGCCGAGUCCUCUUCCGGUGAUAACGAAGGCUCUAAACUGCCUCCUGUUCUGGCCAACCUCAUGGGCAGCCUGGGCAGCAGUGGUCGCAGCCCCCAGGCGCAAGGCAAUGCCCCACCAGCCAGUAGUAACCCCACUGUCAACGUGCAGGAACUGCUCUCAUCCAUCAUGGGUGCUCAGGGAACUAACCAGUCUCCAGAGGACCUGAUCAAACAGCCUGAUUUCUCUGAUAAGAUCAAGCAGCUUUUGGGCUCUCUGCAACAGAAUCAAAACCAAAAUCAGAACCCGCCUGCCAAUCCUCCUCCAAUGAACACUGGUUUGCUUGGUCAUGGCCCUGGCAUGAACAUGAACAACAUGAACAUGCCGAUGCCCAUGAAUGGCGGUUUCCCCCCAAACAAGCCUCCCGGCGGCCCACAUUUCAACCACCCGCCCCCUCCUCACGGCCACGGGCCACCCUUCAACCCCGGCGGCCCACGCAUGAUGGGUCCCCCACCCGGUCCACAGGGCCGAGGGGGGGACAACGGAAACUACUGGGGUGACGACUCCAUGAGAGGGGGCCCACACCGGGGAGGCCACUUCCACCGGGGGAGAGGAAGAGGAGUGGAUCAGGGCUUCAGAGGACGAGGGGGUCGUGGAGGACCUCGCGGGGGACAUAACAUGAAUGAUAUGUCAAAGAGGCCUGUGUGUCGCCAUUUCAUGAUGAAGGGCAACUGUCGGUAUGAAAACAACUGUGCAUUUUACCAUCCCGGUGUGAACGGACCACCACUUCCCCCCCAGCAUGGCCACUAACACUGAAAAACUGCCAUUCUAUGAUCUUGCCACUAGUGGGCGACAUGACUAAAAAUGAGCCACAUAUACAGUAAAAGAAUCUGACUCAAAGAAACAGGACAAUGUGGAUGGGGAUGAUUGCGUCUGUGACAGCACAAUCCCGUCUGCUUCCUCUGCCUGUACAAGAUCGGUUUCUUCUCCUUUCUACACUACUAUCCCCCAUCCAAACACAAUGUUAACUCGGAAAGCUUUGAGAAUUAAUGAUAUUCUCUUUGAAGGCAUCCGAGUCAGGCAGUGAAAACAAACCCAUUACUUGAAUUUGGGGCCUCCUUGUAAAUUUGUAUUCCUAGAGAUGGUGAUUCAUAUGUAUAUUUUUAUUGUGAUUCUGUGUACCACUGACUUGACUGCUGAAGAUUGUACUCUGCUCUGGAACCACUAGGACAAGGUGUAAAUAAUUGUCUUCUGCCUGUGGUUCAGUUAUUCAGUUCGGUAGCUUCCCUGGAGGCCAAAACUCCUCAGAUCCUGGAUGCACAACUUUUCAAAUUAUAAUUUGGGUAUCCAUCAAGAGCGAAACUCUGAUACCAAUCAUGACACUGAACACUUUCAAAGGUUAUUGGUCGUAUUAGUAAACAGUCUGGAGGUUUUUAAGAUUUAAUUCGCUUAAUUUGGUCCCUCUUAAUGUUGACAAAAGGGGGUGCACACUUUCUGCUUCCUGCUUUCUAUAAAAGAGGGAGAAACUCCUAUCAAAGGUGACUUAAAAGUCAUUGGCGCAUAAAAAGUGUAUCACACAUGAUCCAUAUUUUUUCAAAUUUUUUCAGGUUUCAGUUAAAAGAAAAAAAUGUUUGAAAACCCCAAAGUCCUUUAACACUGAAUUCCAUCCGUGUUUUGGCGUUAUGUUCACCUUAUGCCCAAAUUGGAAUUCUGUGAAUCAUUGCCUAAAGGAUUGAUACUACCUUUGGGCGCAAGGUGCAAAAGUCUCGUUGCUUACUUGAAUGUAGUCCAAAGAUCGUGCCUAGCCUCCUAAAGAAAAAUCAACUGUUGAUCUUUGUAGUCUGACAAUCAGGAGAAUUGGUUGUGAGGAUUUCCUACUUGAUGUUGAUGCUAUCAUAUGAUUUGCUGUGUGCAUUCAUGUAUGUUCUCAUGCCGUCAGACAGUCAGUCCAGCUCAGACUCGUGUGGGUCGUGCCGGAGUCACGUCUGUCCUGCUCUAUCAGUGUUCAGCUGAGCCUAACUGGGGCUACAAACCACUAUCAAGGCCAAACAUAUUCAGUUGUUUUCUGUGAAAACGGUGGCCAUUGUGUCUCUUGUGGGACUCUUAUUUUCAUUUUUGUUUGAUUCACUGUUCUAUUCCCAUGAUUUUAUUUUGAUACAAGUCAGAUGAUUUUUUUUUUCUAUCUAAAUGAGGUUUCAUUAUUGUUUCGAGAGAUGUCUGUGUCAGAGAGCAUCGCUUAAACACAAUAAAAGGCAUAUUCAGAUAUGUUAAGUUUUUUUUUUACGUGUAAAUGAAUAAACAUUAAGAAAUUAGAAAUGUGUUGUGUGUUCA